AUGUUGAAAUUUAUUUUAGUGGAUCAUCUGGCAUUGAUGAUGGAGCUUCUUGGAACGAUGCCCCGCAAGAUUGCACUAGGUGGUCGCUAUUCCCGAGAAUUUUUCAAUAGACAUGGUGACUUGAGGCACAUUCGCAAUUUGCGAUUCUGGCCAAUGAAUAAGGUGUUGAUGGAGAAGUAUGAUUUCAGUGAGCAAGAUGCAAAUGACAUGGUUGACUUCCUUGUUCCAAUACUUGAUUAUGUCCCUGAAAAGAGACCAACAGCUGCUCAGUGCCUUAGUCAUCCAUGGAUCAGUGCAGGUCCUCGGACUCUUGAGCCCUCACUACAACCUGAUGCCAUCGAUGAGGAAUUGUCUGAAAAGAGGAAGAGGGAAAAUGCUGAGCUGGAGGUAGUGGAAGUUGGCGUGAGGAAUAUAGCCAUUAAUUGAACUUUUGCGCCAGUCAAAGAUUCCCAACCUCUAAAGUUAUCAAAAUAAAUACUAAUUGGCUUAUCUGGGUGAUAUAUGCAACCUUGUUUCGUUUUCAUGGAUGUCAUGCUGGUCCUUGAAGCUUGAAUCCUAUGGAAUUGCAACAGUGGACCUUAUGUGGAAUGCAGGUCAGAAAUCGAGCUUGUGAUUUGGGAAGCCCUUCAUAGGGCUAGCUGGAUUUCUGAUGCAUUGCUGUAGCAUCACUUAUCACUUCUUUCACCUUUACUGGUAUUACAGGGAUAGCUUCAAAUUCAGUUUGAUUAAGUGCUCUGUUACUAACUUAUGAAUUUUUUUUUGGAGCGUGAGUUUGAAACUAUUCCCUAGAUUAGAUUGUUGUCUUUUAGAAAUACUACACUUUGGGGAGGGGGUUGUAUUGUACAUUGAAUAACUAUUGAUUUGUCCGCAUCAGACCCUGUUGCUGUAGACUUUGCCAUUGCAUUGUUAGUCUUGACUUGAGUUUAUUUGAAUUCCUGGGUUUGUCAUAAGUUGCAAUUUUUUAUUUUU